CUUCUACAUUGCAGGAAAAGAAAGAGAGCGAAAAAAUGUCAUUAGAAGAGGCGUAACACGUCAGUGCGCGUCCCCAGGUCUGUUUCGUGAAGUGGCUGAAAGAGAUCAGUCCUAACCUGCCCAUCAGGAAUAACGGUCCCUCGUCAAGCUAUUUUCAAGGCUUAUUCCCAGUUAUUUUCUUUGGAUCCACGACGCACCACUUUACCAUUUCUCUUUGACGUUCUGUCUUCUAACCAGCUGUUUGAAGGAUCACACUGACACUCUGAUACCAACCAGAGCCUGCCUGUGUGCUGCUGAUUGAAGGAGCCCAUGCGGACUGCAUGCCAUCUGACCUAGCCUACUCGUCUUAUCAAUGAAGCAGGAGAUCAUGGCGGAGGGUCCCCGGUGUAAGAGGCGAAAACAAUCCAACCCACAAAGAAAGAACGUGCUGAACUAUGAGAAUGUGGUGGAGACGGGCUCCGAGACAGACGAGGAUGACAGGACUCUGGUCUCAGAGGAGAAUGGUCUAACCAAUGGGGAGGAGGGUAGCAGCCCCAUUGGGGCCGGCGUUCCCAACCUGGAGGCAUCACCCAGGGUGGGCCACGCCCUGCUGUCCUACAGGGCUGGAGCAGAGGAGGGGUCAGAGGGCAGGGACGGGCGGCAGAGCCACAACCACGCCUGGCGCCUGGCAGAAAACCCGCACGGACACCUCAACGGGACUGAUGAAAGGAAGGAGGAAUAUGAAUCCUUGGGGCCAGAGGGGUCUCUUCACUCUGUAGGAAAUGGUACAGUGAAGAGUAUGGAUGGGGUGUCGGAGCUUGACGAGUACUUCACUAAGCGUAAUAAACUGGAGGAGAGUGACAGCCACUCGGCCAGCAUCGCUGAGUACCUGCAGCGUGGAGACACUGCCAUAAUUUACCCAGAAGCCCCAGAGGAAGUGACACGACUCGGAACUCCCGAGGCCGUUGGGCAAGACGAAAACGAAAACGACCUGCCACCUGGGACUCCAGAUGCUUUCGCCCAACUGUUGACCUGCCCUUACUGCGACCGGGGCUACAAGCGGCUGACAUCGCUCAAGGAGCACAUCAAGUACCGCCAUGAGAAGAACGAGGAGAGCUCCCAGCUGCUGAGUGAAGGGGCCGGCAACCGCAAGUUCAAAUGCACRGAGUGUGGAAAAGCCUUCAAAUACAAGCAUCACUUGAAGGAGCAUCUUCGCAUUCACAGCGGUGAGAAACCAUACGAGUGCUCCAACUGCAAGAAGCGCUUCUCCCACUCCGGCUCCUACAGUUCCCACAUCAGCAGCAAGAAGUGUGUCGGUCUGUUCUCCGUCAAUGGACGAGUAAGUAAUGGAGGAGGCAACGCCAAGGCUGGCUCCUCCCCUAACUCCACCGCCUCCUCCCCGGGAAGCCCCGCCCUGGCUCUGCUCCGCCACAAGCUGGAGAACGGCCGCCCCAUGGGGCUCCAAGAUCAGCAGGGCCAACUGGACAUCAAGGCAGAGCCAAUGGACUUAAACGACUACCGGCUACUGAUGGCCUCCCAAUAUGGCGUCGGAGGACCAGGGGGCUACAUGAAUGGAGCCUGCCGAGGAGGCAGCCCCUUGGGGGUCCACAGCUCAUCCCAGAGCCCCCUGCAGCACCUGGGUGGAAUGGGGUUGGACCUGCCCCUGCUGGGAUACGGGUCCCUGGGGAACAACCUGAGCGAGGUGCAGAAGGUCCUCCAGAUUGUGGACAACACGGUGUGUCGGCAGAAGAUGGAUGGGAACCCGGAGGAGAUCUCCAAGCUCAGGGCCUAUAUGAAGGAGCUGGGGGCUCAGAUGGAGGAGCAGAAGAUGGCCUUGUCCUCUCCGCGUGCCAGCUUCCAGGCGGUGGGCCACGGCAGCCCCACCAAGACCAUCAUCGACUACACCCUGGAGAAGGUGAACGAGGCCAAGAGCCUGAUCGAUGACUCCAAGAGGCAGAUCAACAUAGACAUAAAGAAGGAGAGGCUCAACCACUCGACGGAUCAUGAGGACAAGUCGCACCACGAGAGCCACCUGGUUCCAUUCCUACCGUUCUCCUGCCAGUUCUGCAAGGAGACCUUCCCAGGGCCCAUCCCUCUGCACCAGCAUGAGCGCUACCUGUGUAAGAAGAACGAGGAGAUCAACCACCURCAGCCCAGRGAGGYCGUGRCUCRCAGCCYCAGGGGYGUSUUCCCCUCAGASCAGCAGGCCGCRCUGRWYUCCUCUCUMUCAGAGAGGGGCGCCACCAGCCCCGUCAACCCRUUCAAGGACCACYUGUCAGUGCUCAAGGCCUACUUCGCCAUGAACARYGAYCCCAACUCAGAGGAGRUGCUGAAGAUCUCCAUCGCAGUCGGCCUCCCACAGGAGUUUGUCAAGGAGUGGUUCUCCCAGUGGAAGAAUCAGCAGCAACAACAACAACACAACAASGGRAAUGCRAACRCCAGGAAGCYGUCYCCYCCGCCAGASCGGAGCAGUGCAGAGGAGCGCAYSCACCACYGSCUYYCCAGGUCACCYAUGUCCARGGCGCAACACGUGGARCGRAURAUGGCACURGCMGAWUUACACGGRGGCAACACCAACGGUGACCGUGACYCUCRCCACAGACARURAYAGGCCAACCAGUUUACAGCKAACAGGCAGARGGGUGACAAACCACUAGASKCCUUGYACCASCUUAGYAGCAGKACMRCAUCRCCUCUKAAUCUCUCCUCCACUUCUUCUAAAAACUCCCAGAGCAGCUCGUACACUCCAAACAGCCUGGCCUCUGAAGGGGAUGGCCAUGGGGGGGACGCACCAUUGGACCUUUCUCUACCAAAACACAUGAUGAGCAACAGCAUCUCACUGGGAGAAAAGAGGUCCAAACCAAACGGCUAUGUCUCAGACCGCAAUGGUGACCACCACCAAUCCAAUCGGGAGCAGGGGACUGAGCCCAUGGACUUGGCCCACAUCAAAAAAGAGUUCCUGGGCUCAGGGAGAGACAACGGAGGGAACAGCGGCCACCAGAUGGAAAAGAGUGCCAGCCCCAUCUUUGGCAUCAACCCCUUCGGUGGUGGUCACAUGUACACACCUCUGCCCCCACAUGGAGCGUUCCCCCCGCACAGCUUCAUGCAGGCCCAGGCCAGCAUCCCAGGCCUGAGGCCGUACCCAGGGCUGGAUCCAAUGAGCUUCCUGCCCCACAUGGCCUACACUUAUGCUGGGGCAGCCACAUUUGCUGAAAUGCAACACAGGUCGAGGAAGUACCAACGGAAACCAGGUUUCCAGGGGGAGCUACUGGACGGCACUGUGGACUAUCUGUCAGGCUUGGAGGACCUGACAGACGAAUCGCUCCUCUCCCGGAAGAAGAUUAAAAAGACAGAAAGUGGUAUGUACGCGUGUGACUUGUGCGACAAAACAUUCCAGAAGACCAGUUCCCUCCUAAGACACAAAUAUGAGCACACAGGAAAGCGACCACACCAGUGCACGAUCUGUAAGAAGGCCUUCAAACAUAAGCACCACCUCAUCGAGCACUCGCGUCUGCACUCGGGUGAAAAGCCAUACCAAUGCGACAAGUGUGGCAAGCGCUUCUCUCACUCAGGCUCCUACUCUCAGCACAUGAACCACCGGUACUCCUACUGCAAGAGGGAGGCAGAGGAAAGGGAGGCGGCUGAAAGGGAGGCCCGGGAUAAGGGCCCCCUGGAGCCCACAGAGUUGCUGAUGAGGAGGGCCUACCUGCAGGGUCUGGGGCCGCUGGGCUACUCUGACCCAGAGGACCAGCCGGAGGAUGGGGGCGGCACCAUUCUGAGGGACGGCACUGAAGGAGGGAUGAGAGGAGGACGAGGAGAGAGGGAAGUGGACGAGACGUAUGAGAAGGUGACAGACAGGCGAGAGACGGGAACUUUCAGGGAAGGAGAGGACGAGGAAGAGGAUGACAGCAGGAUGGACACGGCGAGGAAUGAUGAGGGAAAAGAUGCGGAGCAUUCAAUGGAUGAGAGUUCAAGAGAAGGGAAAACAGACACCAAGUCGGACCAGGAGGAAGCAGAUUAAGUCAAUACUGCAGUCAUUUGAAAAAAAGCUUUCAGCAAAUAUUUGUUAUGUUGGGUUGUUUCAUUUCCUUUUUCCAUUCUUCCAACAAACAUGAAACUUGCUUUGUUUUCAGAUAGGCACUGCGGUGGCUCAGUCAAGCAAGCGCGAGCGCUUGCCUCUAGCUUCUCAGAAGCUCAUAAUGAUGGACUCAUGCAAUGUGGUGACUGCCAACAUCAGAGUUGUGACGACAAGCUGGGUGGGAUUGUUUAAGAAUCCACAUUAUGCAAAAAAAAUGAAGUAAUAAUGAUUAUCAUUAUAAUUAAAAAUGAAAUGAAGCUGUUUUUAAUGUACAGUAUUAAAUAAGGCCUAAAAGCUGUGUGGUGCUAUAAUGUUCUUAACCCUUGUGUUUCAUUGUGUUAAAACCCCAAACUAGGAAAUUGCACUCUGCCCCUUUAAUCACUACAAAAACAUUUUUUGAAAAAAAAAAGCCUAUGUAUAUUUAUACCGUGCUUGAAGACUCGGUAGCAGUCCGUCAGUGUUGUACUUUGUCUACCACUUACUGUGAUGUCCUUGGUUCUACCAUCCUUUUUGCCAGGCAAACUAACCACACAAUUUUGGGCCUCACAAAUUUCUUUAUGUGAAGGAAACUUUAAACCUGUGUGAAUUUGAUAUGUUGUGAGUCUUAAAUUGGACCGGAAUGGAGUGACAGAAUGAAGGAGAGAACAAUGAAAUAUGGAGGGCUCCGUACGUAAGACAGAGCCUUGUAUGUUUUAUUUUCUCAACAGAAAGCCUUAUAUGCAAACCUUUUCACCUGUGCGUUUCUGCAAGUGCCAUCCUUGUACAGUGUAAAUCAGAGUUGAUUUGUGUUAUCUUUGCUCUGGCUUCAGUAUUAAAUAAAUAUUUCACCUUGUUUUCCAAGUACCUAUGUCAGUAUUAGCAUAGAUUGAGACAGCAGUUUGUUAGUUUACUUAUGUUUGUGCAAUUUUCUGUAUUUUUUUCAUGACCUUUUGUCAGUAUUACUUUUUGUUGAUUUUUUUCCAAGCAUAAAUUACAUUUCGUUUUUAUUUUAAAAUUACCAUUUUAUUUAUGUGACUCAUUUUAUAUUUCCUAAUUUUAUUUAUUUCAUACUGUAGUGUACAGUAUUAUAGUUCCUCAAAAAAUAGAUAUAUUUUAGUAAAGGAUUCUGUCAUUGACUAUUGGAGCAAAUUAUAAAUAGAGAGCAUUCUAUGGUAUUUGGAAAAACAUGAAUUGUUAAAAUUWGAAAUUUUGUUCUCAUUGUUUAUUUCCUUUCAACUACUGGAAAUUCUAAAUUUGGGGAACUUUUGAUACAAUAUUGUGAAAACACUGUAUUUUUUGACAAUAAAAAUCCACUUUAUUCAUCCAGGUAAAGAGAUGAAGAUAGAGGGACUGUUGAUAAUGAAAAAUUCCUGAAAUGUCUGAAGUAUUAUUGAAUUUUUAAUUUCUCUUGGAAAUGACCAUGCUCGAAUAAAUGUAGCCAAAUAAAAUUUUAAUAAAGCUGUGUUAUUCUUCUUGUA